AUGACCGCGUCAGCGCGUACUGCAAGUACAUCCGCGGGGCCUGCGCAGCGCGCGGCGCCCGCGCUCGCUGCUGCUGGCGGAGCGGCCGGCUCGGCCCGUGGUCACGAGUCUAAAGACUGCAAGUCGCGCCAUGCUUGCCGCGUCUGCACUCAAAGGCACCACUCUUCAUUGCAUGAAGAUGCGCCUCAUCCAAACGUCUUACUGACUACGGAGUCCUCUUCUUCCCCUGAGUUGCGCUCAGUAGCGGAAACCUCCACGCCCACUCCAUUACAUGGAGCUACGGGGCAACCUUCUAGUAAGAACUGUACGGUCUUACUCACGACUGCGCUUGUAAAUUUACGACCCUUGAACCAGGGGCCUUACACGCCGCGGUCCGUGCGAACCCUUGUGGAUCAAGGUUCGCAGACCACACUCAUUUCUGAGUCGUGCGUCCAACGUCUCGGCCUGCCGCGGUACGCCGCGCAACCGGGUACCACUCUCACCGGUAUUGGUGGCGAAGUCCAACCACGUGGUUACGUGUUGUGCGAGGUCACACCUCACAACAAACCCGAACCGAAGCUUCACAUCGAAGCUUAUAUCAUACCGGACUUGACAAGCUACAUAGCUUAUAUUCCUAAAUCAAUUGGGAAUAUUCAGAAGUUUCAACACCUUCAAAAACUUGAUCUAGCUGAUCCAGAACUGCGUUCAACCCGGCCUGUUGAACUGCUACUGGGAUCUGACUAUCUGGAUAGCAUACUGCUACUGAAUAAUAUCAAGGGUCCACCGGGCACACCCGUGGCCAUCAAUAGCAUUUUUGGUUAUUUGAUAGGUGGUAGAAUUUCAUAUGAAAGUAUGAAACGACUAAGUGUCAACUUGAGUACUUGCCAACUUGACAUGAAACUUCAAAAGUUCUGGGAAUUGGAAUCCAUACCAGAACAUCCACAUCUUACAAAAGAUGAAUUACGCUGUGAGUCGAUCUUCGUCGAUACUCACACACGAGAUGCAAAUGGGAAAUAUACAGUUUCUCUACCCUUCAAAGAGAAUGCUCCGCCCUUGGGCGAUUCUCGUACUAUAGCUCUCUCACGUUUAACUAAACUAGAGGCACGCCUGUCUCGCGACCCUGCCUUACGUGAGAACUAUAACAAAUGUAUCCAAGAAUAUUUAGACUUGGGACAUAUGGAGCCAGUCACUGACUCAGCGAGUCCUGGCACUCCCCCCUACUACCUACCCCACCACGUUGUGGUGAAGAGUUCCACAUCCACUACGGUUACUACGAAGUAUCAUAUCGUGUACGACGCUUCAUACAGCGAUCAUGGUACAACAGAUAGCGAUCCCAGCCCAGCGACCACUGCUAUCCAUGUCCAGCAUGCCAUUAUCACCAUCGCCAAAUCAGGCUCAGGUUGGGAUGCUGCGCCUCCACAGGGUAUCUGCGACUUGUGGUUUCGGUUCAUCGACGAACUGCCGUUGCUACAAGACAUCGUAUUACUUCGUCAUGUGCUUCCUAGCACACAUCAAGUGUCACUUCAUGGCUUUUCAGACGCAUCUGAAAAGGCGUACGCCGCCUGCGUCUACAUUCGUGUUGUUGACUCGAACGGUGCCAUCAUCACCCACCUUCUCAUAGGUAAAACAAAAGUUGCGCUGCUGAAACGGCUCACUAUUCCGAGAUUGGAGCUAUGUGGUGCUCAUCUUUUAUCAAAAUUGAUAAAAAAGGUCCUCACUGCUUACAGCAGUAGAUUAUCUUUCGACCAAGUCUACGCUUGGUCCGAUUCCACUAUAACUCUUGCCUGGUUACGUUCGUCUCCAGACAACUGGCGGACAUACGUGUCUAACCGCAUAGCGGAGACAACAAGCAACGUGCCUGCCUCGCAGUGGCACCACGUUCAAUCCGCAGACAACCCCGCAGACCCAGCGUCGCGUGGUGUUCUCCCAUCUCAGUUGAACCAUCAACUAUGGUUCACGGGACCUUCAUGGCUCAGUCAAAAUGAGUCUGAGUGGCCUAAGACUAACGUCGUAUGCCACACCGACGAAGAACGUCGCAAGCAUGUUCUUCUCACACAAACCAAUGAACCUAAAUGCUUAGAGUUCAUUGAGCGAUUCUCAUCGCUUCCAAGGAUGCUACGCGUCAUUUCGUAUAUGUUAAGAUUCAUAAACAAAUGUCGUAAAACUAAUAGUCCUACGACUAAACAUGUCACAGUUCCUGAGACCAAACAAGCUCUCAGUCGAAUUAUAUCACUUGUCCAAAGUGAAUGCUUUUCUGAAGACAUCUCGCGUCUCAAGGACGACGACAGAUGUACUAAACGUCUUCAGAAACUGAAACCUUUCUUGGACGAUGCCGGACUCCUCAGGGUCGGCGGCAGAAUUAAUCGGGCCAACGUACCUUUGCCCUCGCACAGACCUACUGGAUCCUGUGUGCUCGCGAUGCUGUGCGUAUGCGUACACGACGCUGCGUAUCGUGUGUUCGUGCACGACCUGUCGCACCACAGCCAUCAAUGGCUCAGUUACCUACUACUAGGGUUCGAUCACUUCGUCCCUUCUUAA